AUGGUCUUGCUGUACCUCAACUACGAAGAGCUCUGUACGAACCAUGACAGAUACUGGCCUGCUCUUAAAAAGAAGCGUCCCAGUUCCCACGUCAUUACCUGCACCCUGCAAGCAUAUCACGAUGAUCCUCGCAAAUCAAAAUCAGAGAAAUCUCGUCGUGAUCAGAUUUCAGCCAGUUAUGUGAAUCGCGGUAGGUUGUGGUGGAUACUUGCAGGGACACUGGGAGUUGGUAUCAUGUUAGUCGGGGGUGAGCUAAUGAAACCCAUCAAAAAUGAUUCGUUCAAUGAGGAUAAAAUCAAUGCCCUCGUCACUUUAGUCUUGAACACUCACCCAGGCACUAUUUGCACCUUCCAUGAGUUGGAGCCUGUGGUCAAAUCUCUGAUGUUUGGACAGGUCACAGAAGGUCUCCGUCAGGCCAUCCUGAACGAUGAGAUUGGCAUCUUCGGGAGACAGAGGAUGGCACAUACCCAAGCCGAGAAUGCGGCAGCGAUAGCGCGCCAGCGGACUGAGAACCCUUGGACAAAUGUCGAUGCCAAACAUAUUGCGAUGGAGAAUAUGGCUAUAUUCCUCACUAACGUGCUGUAA